AGUGUGGCUCAUCUGGCAGUACUGGCGUCCAUGUUCGAUAAUUUGGCAAAAAAUGCCCCUUGUCGAGUGAAAAAUCGUGAAAAGUGUGGUAAAAAGUGUGAAAACGCGCCCUAUGUGGUGACUGUGCGCGGCAGAGGUGCAUAAAUAGACGGUGUGUGCGUGCAUUGGGGCGCUCCGCGUGCGAUUGGGUCCGAGUGAGUGAGUGGCGAGGAGUCUCCUCGAAUCGAGUCCGCUGAGAAGUAACAAUGGUGGACAUGUCAUGAGAAUAACUCGCACAGAAGACAGAAUGGAUGAAAAUUCGUCGUCACUGGGCCAUCAGAACGGUGGCGGAGGCGGUGGCAUGAGCGGUGUGGUGGUCUCAUCGCAGAUGGGUGGCAAUAACGCGACUGCCAUUAACAAUAAGGGACAGCAAGAUGAUAAUCAAAGUAACCAGACGAGUGGGCCACCACAUCACUACUCCAUUCCUGGCAUCCUCCACUUCAUCCAGCACGAGUGGGCGCGCUUCGAGCACGAGCGCUCGCAGUGGGACGUGGACAGGGCCGAGCUGCAGGCUCGCAUCGCUGUGCUGCUGGGCGAGAGGAAGAGCCAGGAGUCUCUCAAGUCGGACUUGAUACGUCGGAUUAAGAUGCUGGAGUAUGCGCUGCGGCAGGAGCGAGCAAAGUAUCAUCGCUUGAAGUUUGGCUGCGAUCCACCGACAAUGAAUGAUGACAUUAAGCCGCCGUCGGACGAGACGGCGGCGCUGGUGAGCGAAGUGGCGGCGGCGGCCGCGGCCACGGACAGCGAGGCGCCCUUCACGUCCGUGUCGAACAUCACCUGGCGACAGGGCAGGCAACUGCUGAGACAAUAUCUGCUGGAGAUUGGAUACACGGACACCAUUCUCGACGUGCGCGCCAAUCGCGUGCGCUCCCUGCUGGGGCUCAACAACAACGCCGAGCAGCAGGAGGAUAAUGCAAAUCCCAACAAUAUUAAUGGUAAUGAGAACAAUAAGAGAGCCAGUGAGACUCAAGGACGACGGACACCGGCUAAGAAGGCGCAACCAUCCAACAUGACAGAGGCUAUGAUCCUGGAUUCGGAGGCCGCUGUGAUGGCAAACUUUGAGUUUUUGUCACAGACCGACGUUGAGAUGUCGGACGAUGACGAGAUCGGUGACGAGUUGGACUUGAUUGGCGAGGAUGGCGGCGAUGUGAAGACGGCCAAGAGGAAUGUCAAGGGAAUGAUCAUGAAUGAAGACGACGUGGACGCUGAGGCUGAGGAGGUUCUCAAUGAACUCAACAUGCUGACAGGGGGUGAGGAUAACAUGACAGGUUUCACCGAUGCAUCCAGUCGGCGGAACAUGAUAGCGAGCGACGAGGACGUGGACUCGUCGCUGGGCCUGGGCGAGCUGGCGCAGCUGACGGUGAACAAUGAGGCGGAGACGGCGUACGAUGGGUCGAAUACCAAGGAGUCAUAUAGGAAGACGUGGAAUGCCAAAUAUACCCUGCGGUCCCACUUCGAUGGGGUGCGCGCGCUGGCCUUCCACCCGCAGGAGCCGGUGCUGAUCACGGCGUCGGAGGAUCACACGCUGAAGCUGUGGAAUCUGCAGAAGACGGUGCCAGCGAAGAAGUCAGCUAGUCUCGACGUGGAGCCACUGUACACGUUCCGCUCGCACACGGGCCCCGUCAUGUGUCUGGCCAUGUCCGCCAGCGGGGAGCAGUGCUACUCGGGUGGGCUGGACAGCGUGAUAAACAUGUGGAAUUUGCCCAAUUCCAACAUCGAUCCGUACGACAGUUACGACCCGAGCGUGCUCAGGGGCGCCCUGGAGGGUCACACAGAUGCCAUUUGGGGGCUGGCGGUGAAUCACACGCACGGCCACCUCGUGUCCUCGUCGGCGGACGGCACGGUGAAGCUGUGGUCGCCGCAGGCGAAGGUGCCGCUCCUCAAGACCUUCACCUCCGACACGGAGGGCGUGCCGACGUCCGUGGACUUUGUGCGCGACGAGGCGGACAGGAUCGUGGUGGCGUAUCCCACGGCGCGGUGCGUGAUCUACGACACGGAGACGGGCAAGGCGGUGGUGAAGCUGGAGCAGGCGUCGCAGGAGAUGAACGGCGUGCUGGCCAAGUACAUCAAUCGCGUGAUCAGCCAUCCGCUGCUGCCCGUCACCAUCACGGCGCACGAGGACAGGCACAUCCGCUUCUGGGACAACACGAGCGGGACUCUGGUGCACUCGAUGGUGGCGCACUUGGACGCCGUCACUAGUCUGGCCAUCGACUCGCAGGGACUCUAUCUGCUCUCCGGCUCGCACGACUCGUCGAUACGCCUGUGGAAUCUGGACAACAAGACGUGCGUGCAGGAGAUCACGGCGCACAGGAAGAAGUUCGACGAGAGCAUACUGGAUGUGGCCUUCCAUCCGUCGCGUCCCUACAUUGCCAGCGCCGGGGCGGAUGCGCUGGCGAAGGUGUUUGUCUAAAUCACACACACACACACACAACACGCGCGUCUCUCUCGUUGCAAUGCAUAUUUAACUGUAGACGAUGUGUGUAGCGUUGUGUGGAAGAGUGAAAAAAGAGGACCUUCGAUUUGGUUUGUCUCUUUUUUGGAAACCGUUGAGUUCUUAUAUAGAGUUAUCGGGAGGAGAGCGAGAGAGAGAGAGAGAGCGAGAGAUGCAGUUGCAAAAAAGUGUUUUACUGUGGGGAAAAAUUGUAAUAAUGUCAAACAAUUUAUUUAUUGCAUCAUUUCUGGGCCAUAAAACAAGCAAUAAAAAGAACUCACAAAUAUAUAUAGAUAUAUAUGUAUUGGGGAAAAAGCAGUUGAGAUAAAGAUGAUGAUGAUGAUAAUGAGAGUGAAAGAGGAGAGCUUUGAUAAAAUAGAGAAACACUUAAUAAUGCGAGAGUAGCCAAGAAUUUUGGGAGUUUUCAGAGGUGUUGUUUUUUUUCUUGAUUUUGAGUUGUGUUUCAAAAAGUCUCGUGGUUUGUUUCUUGCUUUGUCCUCUGCAAGUUGAUUCGAUCGGCCAAUACAUUCCAAGUUCUUAUCUCCAGUUUGCACUGCCUUGUGUUCCUUCUUGAUUUCCUUGGGAUAUUGAUAAAUUGAGUGAUAAAAGAAUUGGAACACUGUUCGAGAGCUUUUCCCCCGAAACACUUUCACACUGAAUGUUAGCGUUUAUUCUCAUUUGUUUAUGUUUUUUUUCUUUAAUUCUCUUCAGCAUUUAGUUGCUCUAAUUCACUUUCUCAAGACAUUGAGAGUUUCAAGAGCUUGUUUAGUAUUCCAACUAAAUGGGGAGAAUUGAUCUUUGGCUGACGAUAAUUUUGCCAUCAUGAACAUCAAGAUUUCAUGAAAUCACAUGAAUUUCUUUGCAAAUAAAAUAUCAACUGUCGAAAUAGAGCAAAAAUGCGGGAAGAAAACCACUUGAUUUCAUAGUUCAUUUCACGUUUACGUUUAUUUGUUGGCGCGCAUAUAAAACUUCUUUCUGGCUACACUCUUGACACAGAAUAUAAGAUGAAGAUAGUAAGCAGAGUAGAUUAAUGAAAAUCCAUAGUAAAAAAAAUGAUGUCUUUUCGUUGCAUUUCUCCCUGUAUUUCCGAAAUGUUUGCACUCCAAAAAAAUCUCCCCAAGAAAGGAAAUCCCUUCCAGUGCUCUUAUUCCCUUUUCUUAUUACUUCUAUAUUGUUAUUAACUUUGCAUAGUUGAGCAUUUGUCAUUCAAUUCAUUUCUGAUCAAUCACACUUUGGGUUUUUCCCUUUUUUGUAAUGUGUAAUAAAAGAAAAAACAAAAAUGUUGCGUCUGUGUGUAGAAAUUUUCAUACAAUUGCUGGGACAGAGAGAGAGAAUCCUUUUUCCGGGCAUUUAGUGGGUGAAAAAGAAGAAAAAAAAAAACAAAAAAUGAAGCAUAAUAAUGUAGCAUUGAAUCCCUCAUGAGAAGCAUUAACAAGUAAAUCAUACAUAAAUAUUAUCUCUAAAGUUAAUGAAACACAAAUUGUAAUGAUGAUGAAAAAAAAGGGUGAGAAAUUGUAGGAAUAUUUUCUCCCUGUUUUUUGCUAUUUAAAUGGCAUAUAUUUUAAAAACUCCAUGUGAGGCGAAAAAUAGGCAGCGCGUUUCACGUAGAAUUUGCAUAUACAGUAAAAAAAGAAAAGUGUUUUUAGUCAUUUAGAGAGAAAGAAAGAGUAAUGCAAAAGAUUGCGCAAGAGUCAUUGUAGGAAAGAAAAAGAUGUCCCAGUUUUUUUUUGCUCUGAAACAUUGCGUGGAAAGGAAGAGAGAAAGAGAAGAGCUGAAAACAGGCUUUUCUCUUGGUUUUCCCGGGAGGAAUUGACGAAGAAAGCAGGAAAAAAAAGGAUGUUCAAUCAAAUGUUUUAUCAAAGAUGAGGACAAUUGUAUGAAUUAAUAAUAUAUUUAUCUUGUAAUGAAGUGAUUUAGAAAUUUUGAAAAUAUAUUUAUAUUAUUAUAUUUGAGUAUAAAUAUAAUUUUAAUGGACACCGCAAGAGAGGAGACAAUUUGAGAGGGGAAAAAAAUCGUAGACGAGGAAAACACAUUUAUUCAUUUACUAUUGAUAAAUAAAACUAUUGUACUAUGAAGGGAAAAAACGCUAGAAAUGAUCAAGAGAGAAAGAGAAACUGUAAUAAUUGUUGCUAUAAUAUUUAGUGAAGGACGAAAUGUAAGAGAGGUGAAAAAAAAAUUUUAGCUACAUGAGAGGAGAAAACAAACUUUAAAAAUAUAUCCGUAAAAAAUAUUAGCGGUUUAAAAAAAAUAAUGUAAUGAAGAGAGAAAGUGGAGUGAAUAUUGCGACAUCAAUAACAACAACAAGAAGAGAAAAAAGAGUUGAGAGAGAAUGAUGAGAAAAAAGUGUAGCACUUUGAGGAGAAGAAAAAAAGGUGGGGAAAAUAGAGAAAAAGAAAUUUAAUGAUAAUCCUUAGGUAUCAUAUACUUUACAUUUAUUCAAUUUAAAGAUAAAAGAUGAGAAAAAAAACAUAAAAAAUAAUUAUUAUGAUAACCGCAAAUCUAACACUACAAAGAGAAUAAAAAGAAAUCUUAUAUAGAUAAAAGAAGUAAAAAAAAAAAUGUGAGAGUAAGUAAAAAAACAGUAAAUUGUGUGUUUAUCUGUAAUAUAUUGUAAUUUAAAUUAAAAAAAAAAGAUAGACGAAUGCAGAGAACAUUAAUUACAAUAAAAGAUGAUGAGAAAGUUGAAAAUUAAUUUUAGGCGUGACAAAGUGGACAUUUUUCGGUUCUUUUGCCUAAACAAAAUGAAACAAGAAACAAAACAACAAAUAAUUGUGGAAAGAAAUUGCAAAAAAUAAUAAUUCCGGGAAACUUUAAGCUUUCGCUGUUUGAUUUGUCGAAAAGAGAGAGAGAGAGAGAGAAAA